AAUUUCUGUAUUCAACACCCAUCGGCAAACUUUCUUUCUCCCGGCUCAAAAUGAGUUUAUCCAAUGCACGACCUCUUUCUGCACCAUUGGCAGAUCCUCCGAGUUUCAUCGACACUCAGGAGGAAUGUCUACCGAGAAAGAUGGAAUCAGUUCAUUUUGUGAUGGGCAACAGUGAUGAUCGAACUAAUAAUCGAUUAAUCCAAUUCAUAAGGAGCAAGACAGUGAAGCAAUUGCCUCUAUCAGAGGCGUUGAUAGUACCCGAAACCACAAGUAUUUAUGAAGCCCGCUGUCAGAUGGUUGCUCAAAGAUCUGAUGUUCUUGUACUCACUAACUCAGAUGCGUUCCUCACUGGGGUAUUGACGAACAAGGAUUUUGCCACAAGGGUUAUUGCCUCAUGA